UCGGCGGCGCUGGCGGCCGCCGGGGCUGAGGUUGCUGCCAUGGCCGUGCCGGGCGCCGGGGCGGCGGCCGCCGGCGGGGGUUCGUGCCCGCUGUGGACGGCGCUGUACGAUUAUGAGGCGAGCGGCGAAGACGAGCUGAGCCUGAGGCGGGGAGACGUGGUGGAGGUGCUGUCGCAGGACGCGGCCGUGUCCGGCGACGACGGCUGGUGGGCGGGGAAGAUCCGCCACCGGCUCGGCAUCUUCCCCGCCAACUACGUGACCCGCCAACCCCCCGGCGGGGCGGCGGGGGACGGCGGCGGGCGGGGGGAUCCCGCGGGGAGCCUGACGGAGAUUGACUUCCAGCACCUGGAGCUUCAGGAGAUCAUCGGCGUCGGGGGCUUCGGGAAGGUGUACCGGGCUACCUGGCGGGGCCGCGAGGUGGCCGUGAAAGCGGCGCGGCAGGACCCCGACGAGGACAUCACGGCCACGGCGGAGAGCGUGCGGCAGGAGGCCAAGCUCUUCUCCAUGCUGAGGCACCCCAACAUCAUCGCCCUGCACGGGGUCUGCUUGAGGGAGCCCAACCUCUGCCUCGUCAUGGAGUUCGCCCGCGGCGGCUCCCUCAACCGGGCCCUGGCCGCCGCUGCCGCCGCUUCCUCAGCUCCCGGGGCCGCCCGGGGGGGCCGCCGCAUCCCUCCGCACAUCCUGGUGAACUGGGCGGUGCAGAUCGCCCGCGGCAUGCUGUACCUGCACGACGAGGCCAUCGUCCCCAUCCUCCACCGGGACCUCAAGUCGAGCAACAUUUUAUUGCUGGAGAAGAUGGACCAUGAUGACAUUUGCAAUAAAACUCUGAAGAUUACAGACUUUGGUCUGGCCAGAGAGUGGCACAGAACAACCAAAAUGAGUGCAGCAGGGACUUACGCGUGGAUGGCUCCAGAAGUUAUCAAGUCCUCCAUGUUUUCUAAAGGAAGUGAUAUUUGGAGUUACGGAGUGUUGCUGUGGGAACUGCUUACAGGAGAAGUUCCUUACCGUGGCAUUGAUGGCCUUGCUGUGGCUUAUGGAGUUGCUGUCAAUAAACUUACUUUGCCCAUUCCAUCCACCUGCCCUGAACCAUUUGCAAAGCUGAUGAAAGAAUGCUGGGAGCAGGACCCUCAUAUCCGACCAUCGUUUGCCUUAAUUCUUGAACAGCUCACUGCCAUUGAAGGGGCAGUUAUGACUGAAAUGCCUCAAGAGUCUUUCCAUUCCAUGCAAGAUGACUGGAAAUUGGAAAUUCAGCAGAUAUUCAAUGAACUGAGGACCAAGGAGAAAGAGCUUCGUUCCCGAGAAGAGGAGCUGACAAGAGCAGCUCUGCAGCAGAAAUCUCAAGAGGAGUUGCUGAAACGCCGGGAGCAGCAGUUGGCAGAACGGGAGAUCGAUGUCCUGGAGCGUGAGCUGAACAUCAUGAUAUUCCAGCUAAAUCAGGAGAAACCCAAUGUAAAGAAGAGGAAGGGCAAGUUUAAAAGGAGCAGAUUAAAACUGAAAGAUGGACACAGAAUCAGUUUGCCUUCAGAUUUCCAGCACAAAAUAACAGUGCAGGCAUCCCCCAAUCUGGACAAGAGGAGGAGUUUAAACAGCAACAGCUCUAGUCCAUCAAGUAGCCCCACAAUAAUUCCUCGCCUUCGAGCUAUACAGUUGAUUCCUAAAACAGACACACACACAACUAAUGGCCGAAGAAACAGUGUGUAUGUGUACCAGCAAGAUGUAGAUAUCACAAGUGAAUAUGAACUUCCCAGUGGGGUUCUGAAAACAGUGACUUCAGAUGAAAGCAACAGAACUUGGGGAAGGAGCACAGCUUAUCACCAAGAGGAAUUUGAAGAUGUGAAGAGAAGUUUUAAAAAGAGAGGUUGUACAUGGGGACCAAGUUCAGUUCAAACAAAGGAUCGUGCAGAUUGUAAGGACAAAAUAAGACCCCUUUCAGAUGGCAGCAACCCUUGGUCAACCCUUUUAAUGAAAAAUCAGAAGGGUGUUCCCUUAGCUUCAUUAUUUGUGGACCAAGGUGUCUGUACUGAUAAGAAGCUUCUCCCUGAAGGUUUGGACAGUAAAAGACCAAAGCCAAUUAAGUUGCCUAAUCAGGCCUAUAUUAAUCUACCUCUUUGGAAAGAUGAGCAGGGAGAGAACACAGUAGAACAUGAGAGCUUUGAAGAAGGAACCUCUGCGAGUUCGACAAACAGUACUCCUCAAGUGACACCUACAAACAGUCUGAGCAGGACACUGCAGAAAAAGAAGACUGAUUCAGUGCUGUAUGGGUGUGCUGUCCUCCUUGCAUCAGUUGCCCUGGGCUUAGAUAUCCGAGAGCUGAACAAAUCACAGGGUCCAGAUGAACUCUUGCCUAAAGAUGAGAAGAAGAAGAGGGAUGGGAUAUUCCAGCGUGCUUCAAAAUUCCGUAGGAGUGCCAGCCCUACAAGACUGCAGUCCAAAAAAGAGGAAGCAAGUAUUCCCACCCUAAAUCCAGCUACAAAUGCUGUGAAUCUUCUCUCCAUGCCCUCCAUUUCCACGAAAUGCCUCCUGCAAUCUGACGGUGAAGAUGCCUUUGUAAGCACUGUGCUUGGUGAUUGUGGUCCAUGCAGUUCCACUGGUGACUUUUCAUCCAGAAGUAAGAGAGAGCAGAGUAUGCAGCUGGCUCCUAACACUGUUUCUACGCGAUUAAAAAAUCAGCCUUUUCAUUUUUCUCUGAAGCAAGAAUCUCAAAAUGUGCCAGAUGAUUCCUCGACAAAGUUGGGUUCAUUGGGUCACAGAAGAACCUUAUCAGAUGGGAACAAUUUCCAUACUACAGCUAAUGGAUUUGCUUCAACCAAUGAUGUUUCCACAUCACCACAUUUAUCAGUUUCUGGAACUCUUCCCUCUCCAUCUGCUCAACAAAGAAGCAACCACAGUGGUGUUUCAACUGAGAAGCAAAGUGCUGUCAAUAUUAUAUCAAGGCCUCGACCUUCUUCUCUAAGAAGUAAAAUUGAUUCAUGGCAGAUUAUUCCACGUAUUAUUAAACCAAACUCUAAAGACUCUGAAUAUUUAGAGGGCAAUGGAGGUCCAGAUGUUAACUUCUUGCCAGAUGCAGAGGAAAGAACUAAUUGCCACAUGCCCUCAUUACUUGAUAUUGAUGUGGAAGGUCAAAACAGAGACUGCACUGUGCCUUUAUGUAGAAUGAAGAGCAAAACUUGUCGUCCAUCUAUAUAUGAACUGGAGAGAGAGUUUCUGUCGUGAGAGCCUUUCAUUUUUAAGGUGUUUGCUUUUUAAAGGGGAACAAAUAUAAAAAUUCUUGUCCAUCUAAUUCUUUGUGCUGCUGUUUUCUGAUGUACUGUGACAAAUAGUACCAAAAUUAUUAAAAUGGGCAGCUAAUUAAGCAAGUGUAGUAGGUGCCUUUUUCAAAUGCUCCUUGGAGUCCCAGCUAGUAAUUCAAAAAGCACAAUGCUGCAGAAUAGUGUUCUAGGGGAAUUUAUAAGCAGAUUUUGAAUGACUAAUGUAACAUGCCCACCUCCCUCUGCAGUAUCACAGAAGUUUUCUUCAGGUUUGAGGGGUUUUGCUGGAAAUUUAAGCUUUGCACAUUGAAUAAUGACUUCCACAGUAAGGUUGUGUUCCAUCAAGAGGAGUUUUACCCAAGUGGUUGUCUGCAGCUUGCCUCUAUGGCCUGUAGCAAGGGGAUUGAAGAUGCUGGUGCAAAAGAUUCUGUUCACUCCUUAUUAAGUAGCCAUUUAGUUUUUUGAUUUUGAUGCUGGAAUUGGUUAAGGAAUUUUCAGUCUUUACCCUUGGUUUUUGUGAGAACUUCCAACUGUUUGCAUUGGUUUCUCCAGAAAGUUACACUGCUUGUAUAAACACUUAAAUCAAGAUGGUGACUGAAACCUGAGAGGAUAAACUUCAGUAUUUCGAUUGGAUUAAAGGUAUUUGACAUACUUUAUAAUGUGAAACAACAUUCCUUGUAGGUAAGGAUACACUGGAACUUAAAUAUUUGUACUCUUAACCUUACCUUUUGAAGACUACAGUGUUUGCACUGAAAACAAUAUUCUUGGUUUGGGAUUUUUUUUUGUUUGUGGUGGAGGGGUUUGCUCCCCCUUCUUGUGUUUUAAACUCUGCUGCACCUUCUGUUGAGGAGAAAUGCUGGGUUUUGAGAAUGACUGGGUUUGCUUUUAAGUGAACCAGUGGUGUGUUUUACUGCACUCAAAAGUUUCAAACUGCAAUCAUUUAAUAUUAAAUCUUACAGUAGAAUCUCUGCAGCUUUUCUUCCUGAAGUCACUACUGAGUGCCCAGUUACUCAUUUUUAGGAACUAAAAGGACAGAAGUUGAUAUGCUUGACUGGUUUUCAGUGAUAGAAAGGUUCCAGCAAAUUCCAAGUAGUUAGCUGUGGGAGGAGGAACAUUUAAUCUUUAACACUGAUAGUUUAAUUUCUUACACUAUCAAAAAGUGAUUAAAUAGAAGCACAUGUACAGUAUACUUUCCCCAAUUAAAGCAUUUCUAGAAUUUAAACAACAUCCCUCAUAAUCCAAUACCUUAAGUCUUAUUUUUCCAUAUCAUUGGAGGUUUAGUCUUAAUAAAUAAAACUAAAUAAUGUUAGAAUAAAACUACCACCUUCCCAUCAGAACGCUGUUUUGUUGAGGCCUUUGUUUUAAAUCUUUUCUUCUCCUUUUCAGUUCAGUUGUUAAACAGAAUACUCAAUUUCUUGAAGCUUCAAACCAAGAGAUUAAAUUAAAAAGUUUCUAUUCUAAGACUGGUUUGCAAUACAGUGGGUACCUUGGGGAGGACAGAUAAUUAUACAUAAAAAAUCAUAAAGUCACACAGAGCAAGGUAAAAUGCAGUUUCCCAGCUCUUAAAUUGAAAAUAAAAAAGGAUUUCCUUGUAUUAUUAGUUUACCAAAAGUAAAGACAUAACCACUACUUGUCUGUACAUGUAAAUAUUUGCAUAACAGAUUAUGAAGUUACAUUUGAUUCACACCUGUUUCUUUUUCAGCAUUUUUAGUUCUUUGUCACCAUUAUUCAAGUUGCACACUGUUCUUUCUUUGCCUUUAAUCUUUAAGUUCAUCAGAACACUUAGAUGAAGUAUAUUCCAGUUUUAAUACAAAAUGUUUUCAGAAAAUAAAGUCAAUUAGCUAAUGCAGAUGCAUCAGAUUUUAAAUAUAGCUUCAUAGCAGAUUUAUCUUAAAGGCUGACGUAGAAUUUUGGAGCAUUAUGUAUAUUUCAGCUCUUUCUUGAUCAAUUAUUUGUAUUGAUUGAGUUGAUUGUAUUAUAUGUUUCUGAAGAAAGUAUCUUUGUUUGGCUUUCUACAGGAAAAUCUCAGGUGCUGAAGUAUUUUGACUUGUAAACUUUUGAUAAGUUCUGUACUUUCAAGUUUUAUAUCAUUUUAAAUGUUGGAUUUUGCACCCUGUGUUUUAUAAUCAAUAGUAUCAGCAUAGAAAACCCUUUGUGAGCUAUAUUGUUUUCCCUUAUCAGUGGUUUAUUUCUCUUGUGAUUAAACAAAGAUUUCUCUUCUUGUUCAGUGGAUAAUUUCCCAUAAGAGUGGAACAGCACAGGGAGCUGUAACUUUUACAGUUGUAAACUGUAAUUUAGGAGUUUGCCUUCCACUUCUUAUUCUGAGACAGUUUAGGUAAGCCAUCUCAAAUAUUUCUCUUAAAUAAUGCAGGUUUUUUUUAAGCUAUAGUCUUAUGGUACUUUAUCAUUGUUUUUAUAGUCUAAAAUUCUAGGCCAGUCUUCACUGAAAUAAAAAAAAAAAAAAGAGAAAAAGAAAAAUUAUUUGAAUCAUGGUUUCACUGUCUGUAACUUGCUUGUCACCAGAGAAACUUUCUAAAAAGAUGUGGUAAUCUGGUAUUCAUUCAGUGAGCUGUCUUGGUUAAAAGGAUAUUUAUUUCAAUGUAAGUGAAUAGCCUGAACAAAUAAUAAUUUAUGUUGAUUGUUUUAGCAUAAAACUGAAGGUGCUUACACUAGAAAGAUAAACACUUGACAUGCUGUUUUACAAAACCUGAUGAUUUAAAUGUUUUUAUUUAAAAAAAAAA